CUUUAAAUGCAAUGCAAAAGUGUAUACGAUAAAUUAGCAAUUCAGCACAAUAUUAUUUAUUUUGAAAAGAACUAUUUACAAAAUUAAAACCAAUUGCAUUAUUCAAUAUGUCGGCAUGCAAAAAUCCAAAACCCGAGCUAAUAGCCAUAUAUCGUCUUGAGUUUUAUAAAAAACAGAAUAAUUGGAAACUAAGUCCAACCCGUAAACAGAAGAAAUCAUCUGAAAAAUCUUCAGAAAAGAAAAAAAACCUGAAUGUGACCUAUAAUCUGGACCAACAUGAUAUCGCUGAGCAAUCAGAUCCACUCAAUGUGGCCUUUGUAGAUUCGGACUCAGACAAAACCACACAAACUAAAUUAUUGACAGUAUAUUCUGAUCAAAGAAAUAAGCAGCUUUCACAGGAAUGGCUCGAACCAGUUAACAUUUGGCCAAGAGCUGUCUCUUCGGAAGAUCCACCGAAAUCUUCCACGAUCGAAAAGGAGAGAAGUUUAAUGUGGAACAUUCAAACAGAUAGUAAUGAUAAUUGGGUAGAAAGAAUAAAUUCUACCCAAAAACUUAAAACUUGUACUCGUAGGAGAUUAGAAGAUUUACAGAAAGCAGCAAGAUCAGAAGAAUUCACGAUAGAACGACCGAACAGUGAAGAAGACGCUUUUAAAGAUGAUUGCCAAGAGGGUUCAGAAUUAAAAACUUCGUGGGUAGACAGAAAUGUCGAUUCCAAAUGGAAAGCGGAAUGCUAUCAAGAAUUGCCGACGGACGCUGGAGUUGUGUUAGAUUCUGGACACACAGCACAAGAUAUUUGGACGCAAGCACCAGAAGCGGAUGUUCCAGAUGGAUUGGAUUAUCCUGAUGUCAUUAAUCCAGAGGAUUGGAGACCUCGACUAAUUGAAGGUGGUCAUUGGACAUCAGAGCGCUCGUGCGAGGGGUCGGUGGACAGCGAGGGCGAGUUCGUGCGCGGGGCGCACGCCGCGCCGCACUCCUCGGAGGCGGAGCUCGCGCUGCCCGCCGGUCUGGACACACUGGACGUGAGUUUCUCAUCCUUGUCGCGACUGUCGUCGUCGCAGUUGAUGGUCGCCGCACGUCUGCACUCGCGCGUGUUGCGCAGGCUGCUGCUGGAGAGCGAGCAGAGACAGAAAUUAAGAAACAUGGCUUCUAUGAACAGCUUCUCCGGGGGCAGUUUUGAUGAAUACCCCACGAGGGACAUCGGCCUUUACGACUCGGGGAAUAGAGACAAUAGUUGCACAAAUAGACAUAUAUUCUAUAAUGAUGUAUUCCUUGCUGGUUCCUAUAAGAAUGUCUGUGCUGAGGAACGAGGAAGAGGAAGGGGGAGGUUGAAUGACACCUCCCUAUGGAGAUAAGACUUUUAUUCAUUCAACUUACAAAUAACCAAAGUCUGUUUAUCUGGUAGUACGUUCAAUUAUUUCGAUUGAAUUCAUUUUUAUGAGCAUUGGAUUUAAGAGCCC